AUGAAUGGUAAUCUCCAGAAGCGAGUCCAUGCACUCAUCGGAGGUUUCUUCAGAUUCCCAGAGCUUAAAACCCGUAUCACCACGCAUAUCGAAAACUCUGUCAAAUUAACCCUGGGUUCUUGGCAAGACAUGCAGCUAGUACAAGUUCAAGAAGAAACCAAAAAGUUCCAAGAAUUCAUCAAAGGUUUAAUUUGUUUGCCCAUCAAAUUUCCAGGAACCAGACUAUAUAAAUCUCUGAAGGUGAAUAUAUGUGUGAAAAAGAUGGUAGAGGAAAGGAAAUUGGGUAUGGAGAAAACGGACGAAAAGGGUAUGGCCAGGGAUGCAGUGGAGGUGCUGUUACGUGACACUGAAGGUGAGAAGCAAUCUCUGCCGUUGGAUUUCAUAGGUGGUAACAUAAUAGAGAUGAUGAUCCCUGGAGAAGAGACUGUUCCCAUGGCGAUGACCCUAGCUGUCAAAUUCCUCACUGACUGCCCUGUUUCCCGCCACCAGUUGAUGGACGAGAACAUGGAAAUAAAGAAGAAAAAGGAGGAUUCUGGUGAAGAUUAUAGUUGGACUGACUACUUGUCUUUGCCUUUCACUCAAAAUGUAAUAAGUGAAACUUUUAGACUGGCAAACAUCAUCAAUGGUGUUUGGAGGAAAGCACUUAGAGAUAUAGAUAUUAAAGGUUAUUUAAUACCAAAGGGAUGGUGUGUCCUAGCAUCUUUUAUUUCUGUUCAUAUGGAUGAGGAAAUUUAUGAAAACCCAUAUCUUUUUUAUCCAUGGAGAUGGGAGAGACUUGGAGCUGCUGUUAACAACAACAGCUUUACACCAUUUGGAGGUGGGCAGAGGCUUUGCCCUGGUUUAGAAUUAUCAAGGCUUGAAAUUUCAAUCUUCCUCCACCAUCUUGUCACCACGUACAAGUAAUUCAAUC